AUGGUCGAGCACUCGUACCAGAAGGUCGGUCUCCUCCAUGAAGGUAGAGAUGAAUCUAUCGAGGAAGCCCAGAGAGUCGUUCAAAGACGUGGUUUAAAUUAUUGGAUUUGGAAAUUAUCGCCUUAUUUUACCUUUCAUUUGGUUCUACUUGCUCUUUAUACUUUGGUUACGUUUCUGAUUAUUCGCCACUUCCAAAUCGAGCCCCUCCAGAAUACUGCCGGUCAGAGACUCACAUACAGUCCAGCAGAAGACUCCAUUCAAUACGAGAAAUAUGUGUUCAACGCCGCCCCAAACCUUACAAGCCCAUAUGUCGGCAAAUCGAGACCUUCUCUCGAUCAGGCAUGGCACGAUCUCCUGAAGCAUACAAACAUGCGCAUUUCCGCAGAUGAAUUGGCCAAGGUUAAUAGGGACUCAAUUCCUCUUGGCCAUGGUGGGGGCUACUAUGGUGAAAUUGCUGUAUUCCAUGAAUUACAUUGCCUGAAAUUCAUCCGGCAAGCGUUUCACAUGGAUUACUAUCGUCAUGUAUAUGGCGAAAAGGAAAAAGAGACAAUGGGCGAACAUACAGAGCACUGUAUAGAAAUCUUGAGGCAAAGCGUCAUGUGUCGUGGCGACACGACGUUAAUCACUUUCCACUGGGGUCACACAGUCAAAUUGCCGCAGCCAGAUUUCACUCAAGAGCACACUUGUGUCAACUGGGAUAGCCUCAUGAAGUGGGCUGAGCCACGCUCAAUAGACAUUUUUGAAGAAGGCAUGCUGGUUCACCCUACUCUCGGACCAGCAUAUCCUGGUGGAAUACGUGAAGAUAGACCUCAUGCUGAAGACGUCCCUUCUAUGUCUAAUUUGUAG